AUGGCUAGGCGCGAUUCCUCUCGGUCUCGAUCUCCAGUGGCACGUCGUCGCGCACGGUGUGUGGAGUUUGAAAGUCCGCACGGUCAUGGGCGCAAAGAGCACAAGUUGGACCUUCCCACCUCGUUCCAGUCCGACCGGAAGUACAUCGACAAAAACUCGUGUUUUGGUCGCCAAUUCUACCGGAACGUUUGCUCAACACCGUGGUCUCAACAAGUUGGUCUUGCCAAUCGUCCUGUGGACAGUGUCAAAGUUCAUGAGCUGUGUUAUUUGGGCUGGGAAAACCACAACUUGAGAGCUUUGUCAGCGGGGGCUUUCGUGAGUGUAGUCUUCGCUCGUUCAGUUCGUGAAGCUCAGCUGGCAGACAGUUUGUUGCGGUUGUGUCGCACCGAACACUUGGACAUCGAGAGUGCCGCGUUCAACCGGUGGUUCCAAAAGUACGGAGACAAUCCAACCGACAAGGACAGCAAGAACAAAGCAGUUCAGGAGUUGGCUACGGAAGCGUUGAGUGCUUUACGAAAGUUUCAUACCUCGCCGUCUUCAUCGUCUGAUGCUCAUGAAGUUGCAGAGCUCCGAAAACGGGUGAAAAAACUUGAAGCAGAAAAGGAUGCUUCUCGAAAGUCAUCUCCCUCGCGCUCGCCAGCCCCGCCUACCAGUAAGCGUCAUCGCCGAGGUGGUAACAACUUGCCUGUUGAGCACGUGACUACGUCCCCCCUUUUGAAGAACGACUCGGGAAUCAAGCCUUUGAGAGAAAACUACCCCGCCACCGUCACCGCCCAGGGCGUCAAUGCUUGGAUCCGGAAGUUGCCGAAGAAGAAAGAAGCUUCUAUCAAAACGGCCAUCAAAGAUGCGGAGCAGGUUUUCAAACAGUUGUCAGAAGCACAGGUGGCAAGCCUCCCGGACGUUGCUGCUGAGUGGGGUUUGAGUGUAAAGCAAGCUUCUUCGUCAAAGGACAAGGAGUUGAUUCGCAUCAUUGCGGCCAUCAAGCGGGCUGCCUUGUACGUAGCCGGCUUCGUGUACAGAGACAUCUCUGUGCAAGAGGUUGGCAAGUGGGCUGAGCACCACCGUUUGCCAGUUAACGAGGUCGCACAGCAGUGGUUGCAAUUUCUGAGCGUUGAGUUUCCUGCACAUGUCAAAGCUGUGUCUGGACGAUUCUCCGUUUCUGACGUUCUCAGAGCGGCGUGCGAGAUGGAGGACGUGGUUGUUCACUCUCGGGACCACGCCUACAACCAAAUCAUGAUCUUUUGUCCGCGGUUGUACCGGUCUGCAGUUUUGAGCACCUUUGAGGACAAGGACGUUUACUAUGAGCUUGCAGGUCAUCCUUAUUCCAUUGCGAAGUCUUCUUUUGAUGCCAUACCUUGUCAGUUGAAAUCUCGCUACUCAUGGGGUAUCAAAGAGACGUACUUGCUGCCCAAGGCCUAUGUGUUUCUGAAAAAGAAAAAGGAUUUCAAGCAGGCUCGUUCAAUCAUCAACUUUCGCGGGUCGUGUUUGAGUCGGUUGUGCAAGAUUGUGGCAUGUGUGUUGAAUGAAGUCUGUCAUGUUGCUUUCCCUGCGAACUUUGGCAAACUGAAGUUGCACGAGUUGUGGUCUUCGCUUCAUGGCUUCCUCGACCGCUUGUCCCAUGCUACAGCUCAAGAGUAUGUGACGGUGAAUGACGACCUCGCUGGAUUUUUUACUUCUAUCCCAGUUUCACGCUUAAAGCGUGCUUGCGAGCUCGCGUUGGACAGGUUCUUCGACAAUAAGCAGUCAGGCGGAAAAAACCGAGGAGAGUUUUGGUUCACAGUCGAUGAAAAGUCAGCCUCUUCACAUGGACGUGUCUUGCGUGGAAAGCCUAUGAAAAACAGAGCAUCGGCUUGUCGGAAAGUUUUCGCGGGUGACCUGUUGAAGAUCAUCGAGCUCUCUUUUUCGUUUGCAUCUUUCACAGUGUUGGGCCGAUGCUUUGAGCAGAGGAGAGGAAGCCCGAUAGGCAAUCAGUUGUCACCAAGUUUGUGCAACAUCGCCGUUUGCAUGGAGAUUGGUGAUGCCCACCUUUUACAGGCCUCCAGUAAUGCUCGAAGCAUGUGA